AUGGUGGGACUGAGAAACUGCUCUACAUGGGAACCAUUGCUACUCAAGGCCUCCUGCAUCAAGUCCUGUGCCAACGGCUGCUCCCUGGGCAUCACUGCACACCUUACCUACGCUAAUGCUGACAUAGAGUCUGUAGAAGGUGUGUUUGUGUACCCUCUUGGGGAAAAGGAGGUUGUGGUGGGCUUUGAGGCGGUGAUUGCAGGCCGGUUGAUGGGGGUCCAGAUCCAGAGCAGAGGGAAGCUGAAGGACUGCUGUUUGGAUUGCUGCCCUGGAUCUUGUCUUCAAGGCCACUGUGGGAAUGGCCGGGAGUGGGGCUGCUGUGGGAGCUCCACCCUCGACAUGCAAUGCACCAACGGACAUCUCAUCCUGGAUGAAGACCUUGAAAGAUCCACCUUCAUCGUGGGCACAGGCGUCAUUGGCCCAAUGGACAUAGUGUCCAUUAUCAUAAGCACCACACUAGAACUCCCCACAUUAGAAAAUGGAGCAAUCCGCAUCGUCUACCCCACAUUGCUUACUCCGAUCGUCACUGGGCAGAUGACUCCAAGCAAGAGUGAAAAUGGGGGGAAAUCUGAAGAAAAUGGGCCAACCAGCUGUUUUGGUGCCACCUCAGGAAAACAAGACCGAGCCCUAGACUCGGAGCAGCAGUGUGCCCAUGCCAUCUUCACCAAUCCAGCUUCCAACCUGGCACCUUAUGAACUCAACUUCCAGCUUUUGGUCAGAGGGGCCUGCCUACUGGCCGGUCUGGAGAGCCCCACUCACGCUCUGAGGGCAGAUGCAGACCCCAGUGCCCAAAGUGCCUCUGCAACCUACAUCACCCUGGCACAGGAGCAUCCAUAUGACAGACAUAUAGAGAUCAUUCUGCACCUCAGUGAACCUCACAGCCCAUUGGUCAUAUUAGAGAGAGGCAGGCUGUCAUUUAGCCAGUAUGAACAGCAGAUCUGUUCCCGCCGUGAUUUCAUUCGCUGCACUCGAAAAGAUUCAGAACCUGAGAGGAAGCUGGAGUUUGUGAGGAAGCGAUACCACAAGGACAUUCUGAGCAGCCCCGUCUUGAUGCUCAAUUUCUGUCCCAACUUGCUGCGAGAACCUCUGGAGCUGCACAAAGCCACCAGAGAACUGCUGUUCCUGGUCGAUCGCAGUGGCAGCAUGAGUGGUGCAAACAUCCAUCGAGAUGCCAUGGUGGUCGCAUUGAAGAGUCUCCCUUCUGGCACAAUGCUCAACAUUGUGGGCUUCGGCACCACCAUCAAGCCUCUGUUCACCUCCAGCAAGCUCUGCAAUGAUGGCACUCUAAUGCAGGCAUACGAGUAUGUCCAGAGGAUGAGAGCCGACAUGCGAGGCACCAACCUUCUGGGUGCGCUGUCCUGGGUGUACCAGCAGCCCAUGCAACGUUCAUAUCCUCGCCAGGUCUUCAUCAUCACAGAUGGAUCCAUCAGCAAUGUGGCUAAAGUGCUGGAGCUGGUCCGCAGAAACACAUGCGCUGGCAGAUGCUUUGGCAUGGGCCUUGGUCCCCGAGCCUGCAGGAGACUCCUGCAGGGCGUUGCCAAACUGACAGGUGGGACUACAGAGUUCUUGGAUGACGAAGAGCGACUCCAGCCCAAGUUAAUAAAGUCUCUGAAAAAGGCCUUUGAACCUGUGCUGACUGACGUACGGAUUGACUGGUAUCUGCCAGAAAACAUGGAGGCUUUUCUAUCACCCAAUGAAAUCCCUCCGCUCUACCCUGGGAGUCGUCUAAUUGGAUACUGCACUCUAUAUGAUAUGACGAAUCUCAAAGCAAAUAAGACAGAGUCUCAAGGAUGGGGCUGUAAAGGUGUACAUCGUGGCUCCACAGGUUCAGUUUUUGGACAAUCAAAUGAUGAGCUUUCACCUCCCCCUGCGUCCGAGUUAAUGCCUGUGGUGACGUGUGCAGAUGGCACCGACUUGGAGAAGGCACUGAUGGAGAUUUCCAGAGAAAUCUCCUCUGAGUUCUCCUGUGCCAGAAACACAGAUCUCGGAACCAGCCCAGAUGUGGAGCUAGACUGGUCCAGUGACGUGAGGAGGCGGAUCCAGGAGAGCUCUUAUAUCCAGGAGCAGUAUGUCCUUACUCGCUGCUCCCUCAGUAGUGAGCGGAGUCUACAAACGCAGUCCCACUCACACGUACAUGCCUCAUCCAACUCUGACUCUGCAGGCGGGGUCUUUCUGCCCGACCCUCACUCCACUGGUUUAGUGCUGGAUACAGGGUCUCUUCCCCAAGGUCUUGAAAAGAUGGCCACUCCAGAACAGAGAUCAUCACUGUCUCGCUGGGCAGACUCUGCAUGGCAGCAAAACCUCUCAGUGGAAACCCCUGAUAAUCGGGCAGAAAAGAGUGGGCGUCUGAAUGGAGGUGAGGAGUCUCAUAGGAGGCACAAAUCACUGGCACAUUCAACCAUGGCAGCAAGGAGUUUCUCGUCACCCCAGGGCGAGCUGGAGAUGCAUCGCCUUAGGAGAGCUCUGGAGAGGGUCUCCUUCGACCAAACACUGGGAGGGAGGCUGGAUGAAAGCGAUGGGGAGACAAAGCCCCCAUCAGGAAGCACACUGUCCCGCAGAAGCCUCACUGACUCCAAUGGACUCCUGUUCACCGCCUCCCCUCUGGACUGGGACAGCUUCACAGACCCAGAGUACCUCUUUACUGCUGUUGCACCAGAGGACCCUCCACCAGGUCAGUGCCGUUCGCUCAUUCACGGCCUGCUGAGCGGCAGACCUGUGUCCUGGGAGGUCACUGUGGACCUGGGGCACCUCUGGACCCCUGACGGCCAAGAGACACCAGGAGGUGAGGGAUGAAAGGGAACAUGGGAGGAGAUCAUUCACCAACUGACUGCUCGCUCAGUUAUCAGGGACUUUGAGAAAAUGGCAGAGAAGGAGAGCGAUAUUGGACAUGGUUCAGCUAAGCGAUACCGCAUGAAGGCUAUCCAGACCAGUAAGCAUUGUAACAUCAUCUGCAUGUACACAGCCUUCACUACCACGGAUAGCAACCCCAACAAAGGCUUGCCAGAUAGCAUGGACAUCCAAAACACAGGUGUAGGGGGCAGUGCAUGCUCUGCUACAGCCCCAGCAAUAACAGGCGCCUCAUGCACUCGUUCACAGCGAUCUAUUGAGAGCAAGUCAAUGGAAAGCUUCUUUGGCUCCCGAUUUCCACUGGGUAGACUCAGGUCCUCUAUUUCAUCAGGAAAACAGGUUCCUCUCAAGUCCCACUGUCUGUCUGCAGAAAAUGAGAAACAACCUGAAACUGAAGCUCCAGACUACCUGCCCCUGGUGCGUCUGCAGCUGGCAUCAGGAGCUUUUCUUCUGACAGAGAUCUACUCUGACUGUGUCCAGAUCCCCCUGGACCGCCUGAAGAGGGCUUCACCCUACAGCCUCCACCGCCGCAGCCUCAGCCCGCCCUUCCGCUGCACAUAUCCCAGUGCUCCAUCUUUAUCCACCUCUACCAAGCCUCCCGGUGCUACCAGUAGCCACCAUGUUACCUUUUCUCCUUCUUCCUGCUCCCUCGCCAAACCAACCGCUCCUCCCUUCCACCACACUCCAGACGACACUCCCCUGAUGCUGGAACCACGUCGAAGACACCUGUCUGACCGAGACCCUGCCACCUCGCCCCCUGACCUCCCCAGCUCUGAGGAGGGCUCCCUGGAGUUAUCUGUUGGCCCUUCUCAGAGCCAGAUCCCCGGCCAGGCAGACAGUGGUCGUGGAUCUGAGACAGAUAUAUGUGAAGGCUCUUCAAUAGAGCCAGCUGACCUCCAGGGAAGCAACCAGUUGGCUGAAGAGGACCUGGAGGGCUCUAGCUGGGCCACAGCGGUGGCUCUAGCCUGGCUCGAGCACCGCUGUGCCGGCUACUUCAUGGAGUGGGAGCUGAUGGCAGCAAAAGCAGACUUCUGGCUGCGCUGUCAGGAGCUGCCCGAGGGAGUGGACCUGGCCGGGCUGAAGGGAGCGGCCAGACAGCUGUUCCUGCUGCUGCGCCACUGGGACGAGAACAUCAAGCUCAACAUGCUGUGUUAUAACCCCAAUAAUAUGUGA